GUGUAGUAAACGAAUAUGAAGAAAAAACAUUGCACCGACAAACGGGAAAGUGGUGAGUAGACUCGGAACACUCCCGAUGUAAAUUUCCCGAGUCGUCUCCCCCUCCUCCCGUUCUCCAGCGCGCAUUUUUUUCGUAUUCGUUUACAUGUUGUUUUACACUGUUUUUUUUUGCUCGGGUCAAACACUGGAGGUUAACCAAAAAAAUUACGAUAAAAUACACUAUUUCUGAGAUAUUUUGGGUACAAAACAAACAUCCCUAGAGUUUUAGUAUUAUUAAGCUAUAUAGUCGCAGCCGUUUAAUAUAAUCGAGUAUAUUGUUAUUAAACGGUUAUUGUUAUAUCAAAUUAAACUUGUGCUCAAGAUAUUAUAUCAUCUGCUUAACGUUAUCAGUUAUUUAUUGUUAUUUAAAGAACUCUUAUCCCCCCCACCCUGCUAACUGAUCCCAUUAAUCGGCUUCGACUUCAUUGAAGAAAAAACACCGCAACUAAGCCACCAAGGACAACUGACUCAGCACACCUAGAAUCAGCCCUGAGUCAGAUCUACAGUUUUACUUGGAUUUGGCACUUACACAUCUACAGUAUCCUGCUAAUACAUGAUACCUUCAUGGUUGUUUUACCUCACUGUGAACCCUAUGUUAUUGCACCUAGCCGUUUCCAGGCCAUGCAUCUUGAUGUGCCUAGAUAAACCAUUAGGAUGUUGUGGACCAGGCUCUGCCCUAGCAGUGUGAUUGCUAGAAGUUUCAUUUUCAAAUAUUCUGUUACCUCUGCCAUUAUUUCCGUCACUGCUCAGGCAUGUUCUACAGCUACUCCAACAGAUGAAGUAAGCAAAGCACAACAUGCUGUUAAAACAUAUAAAAAUCAAGGACCAACAAUAUUCUCUAAGAUUAUUGAUAAAUCAAUCCCAGCUAAUAUUCUUUAUGAAGAUGAUAAGUGCAUAGUUUUCUCUGAUGUCCAACCACAAGCACCUGUUCACUUCCUGGUAAUUCCUCGGAAACCAAUUCCAACUUUAAGUGAUGUUGAUGCCGAAGAUCAGAUGCUUCUUGGACAUUUACUGUUUGUAGCAAAGAAAGUGGCUGCUCAACAGAAACUAGAUAAUGGUUUCCGUGUGGUAGUAAACAAUGGAGUAGAUGGAGCACAGUCCGUGUAUCACCUACACAUCCAUGUGUUGGGUGGACGACAGAUGACGUGGCCCCCUGGUUAACAGGAUAUGAUUGUUCAGCAUCUGGUCCUUCUGCUUUUUGUAAUUUGCUUUCAGUUUUCUGUUCCUCUUUGCUUUGUCUUAAAGGACUAAUGAAAUCGUUUAUGUUCUUUGAUAGCUAAUCAGGUGAUAGAUAUAUAAAGUUUAAUUUACAGAUGUAGUGUAGGCUGAAACCUCUUCAGCAGUAUUUUAUACUAUCAAAAUAGAAUGGUGUUAAUGUGGCUGUAAUUCAUAUAUCUGUCUGUUAGUAUCUCUCUCCCUCCCUCUCUCUCUGUCUCUAUGUAUAUAUAACUAUUUUUCAAAAGAUGGUAAGAUGUAUUUUGUUAAAUGAUAUAUAAAAGUACUCUAUAAACUCAGUAAUGAACAGCAGAGCUAUAUAUAAUAAACAAUACUAUAAUGUAAAUGGUAGGACCCUGAAAAAUGAAAUCAUGUUACAUACAUUAAAAUAAAGCAGGAGAAACACUGCUUUUAUGGUGAUAUUUCUCCUAAUUCUUGUGAA